AUAUCCAUGUUCAUUACGGACAAUUUGGAUAUCGGUACAGUUUCUUCCGUACUGAGUUUAUAAUUUAAAUUAUACUCUUUGGGUACAUUUUUGUAAUAGGUCAGGUACUUUUCGCCGGCUAGACUAAAUUAUAUUCUCAAUAUAUUUUAAAACAAAAGGAAGGUAUUUUAUCAACAAAAAAUGUCCCAAACAUUAGAUAUAGAUGGAAGUGUAUUAGAAGGGGGAGGCCAAAUUCUUCGUAUAUCAAUUUCACUGAGUGCUAUCCUCGGUAUUCCAGUAAGAGUAACCAAUAUUCGUGCAGGUCGUAGUAAGCCAGGUUUAGCUGCACAACAUUUAAAAGGUAUUCAAUUAGUAGCCACAAUGUGUCAAGCAAAGAUGAAAGGUGCCAACAUUGGGUCUACAGAAAUUGAAUUCAUUCCUGGUAAACUCAGAGGAGGACACUAUCUGGCUGAUACACAGACAGCAGGAUCAAUAAGUUUGCUGCUCCAGGUAGCUCUGCCAUGUGCACUGUUUGCAGAUUCCGGUGUAACACUAGAUUUGAGGGGAGGUACCAAUGCUGAUAUGGCACCACAGAUAGAUUACAUGGAAAGAGUUUUCCGGAAUAUUCUAAAACGAUUUAAUGCUGAUUUCAACAUGAAUAUACUACGGAGGGGAUAUUUCCCUAAGGGUGGUGGACAUGUACGUGUGAAAAUUAAUCCAGUCCGAAGUAUAAGUGGAGUUUGUCUGACAGAAAGAGGACACAUUCUAGAGAUUACAGGGACCAGUUUUGUUGCUGGAACCUUACCUAUCAAGCUCGCGUAUUUGAUGGCUGACGGGGCAAAGCGAGAACUCACUACGGAGCACAAUGUAAACAUACACAGUUACAAGGAAGACAGGCACAUGGCGCCCGAUAACUGCAAUGGGAUUAUCCUGUCGUGCUCGUCGUCGUCGGGCUGCGCGCUGGGCGCGGACGCGCUGGGCCGGCGCGGCACGGACGCGGCCGACGUGGGCCGCCUCGCCGCGCACGCGCUGCGCACCACGCUGCGCAGCGGCGCCUGCCUCGACCCGCACGCGCAGGACCAAGUGAUAUUGUACAUGGCGCUGGCGGAGGGGCGCUCGUGUGUGCGCGCGGGUGAGGUCACCCUGCACACACGCACCGCUAUCCAUAUCUGCGAGAUGAUCGCAAAGGUGAAAUUUAACAUACAACAGGAGGGUGAACAGAAUUUGAUCGAGUGUACCGGCUUAGGACUCAUUAAUAAAUUUAUUUUAGGCGAAUAAAGUCAAUAACUUUAGAUAUUGUAUCUGCAUUUGUAACUUAAUAACAUUUAUUGGUGUGUUAUUAAAAUGUAUCCCCAUUUUUGUAAAAAAAAAAAA